AUGGCGGGCGGAGCAGUGGCCAAUGUCGGUGGAAACGCGAACCUCAUGCACCUCGUCGAUCCGAACCGGACGUGGUACAACAACCGGCGCCUUAUCUACCUCCACCUCUGGAUCCUGCUUCUCCUCAUCACAUCGUCCACCAAUGGAUUCGACAACAGUCUUAUGAACAGUUUUCAGUCAAUGCCUCAAUGGGAGGACUACUUCGGCACACCGGUGGGAGGCAAGCUCGGUAUCUUGAACGCCAUUCAAAACAUCGGUUCCCUGGCCGGCUACCCAUUUGCGCCGUAUUUGUCGGAUGGCUUGGGCCGGCGCAAAGCCAUCUGGAUCGGUGCGACUAUCAUGCUCGUCGGGGUCGGGGUGCAGACAGCCUCGUACAACCUGAGCAUGUUUAUCGGAGCGAGGUUCUGCGUUGGCUUCGGCCUAACAUUUGCAGCGAACGCGGCACCUAUGCUCGUCACGGAGAUCGCUUAUCCAACAUACCGUGCUCCUAUCACCUCGUUGUACAACUCACUGUGGUACACAGGUAAUAUCAUUGCUUCCUGGUGUUCGUAUGGCACGGAGAGGAUCGAUACUAGCUGGUCAUGGCGUAUCCCGUCGCUGUUGCAAGGCCUCCCGUCUGUCUUCCAGUUCUUCUUGGUCCUCCUUGUUCCGGAAAGCCCCCGUUGGCUAGUGUCCAAGGGCAAGGAGACACAGGCUCUGAAGACGCUCGCAUACUACCACGCUGAUGGCAACGAGCAAGAUCCGCUAGUUCAGUACGAGUUCGAGGAGAUUAAAGCUGCUAUUGCUCUUGACAGGCAGAGUGCCCAGAGCGUUGGAUGGCUGUCUCUCGUCAAGACACCAGGGAACAGGAAGCGGAUCAUGUUGAUUGUUGCGAUCGCGUGGUUCUCGCAAUGGUCUGGAACGGACUUGUCUCGUUUUACCUCAACAAGGUUUCGACACCAUCGGCAUCACGGACAGCACCACUCAGCUUCUCAUCACUGGUAUUCUUGCCAUUGGAACCUAUGCUGGGCAGUCUUCGCUUCGUUCCUUGUUGACAUUGCUGGGCGGCGGACGCUCUUCCUCACCUCCUGCGCUGGCAUGGUCGUGUUCUUCACCGGGCAGACUAUUUGUUCUGCGGAGUACGCGCUGCACGGGACUGCCGCGGCUGGCCACGCCGUAUCGCGUUAUUUUCCUAUUCUACGCCGCAUACGAGGCUUCAACGUGUUCAACUUCGUCGUCUCCCUCGCGCUCAUCUUCAAUCAGUACGUCAAUCCGAUCGCGCUGCAGAACAUCGGGUGGAAGUACUACAUCUUCUACUGCUGCUGGCUCUUUUCCAGUCGUGUUCUGCUUCCUGUUUAUCGUGGAGACGAAGAACCGGACCUCGAAGAGACCGCGGCGCUGUUCGACGGCGAGAUCUGGGGCGCGGGUCAUGGAGAGUGGCGUGGUUGCCGCCGACGAGACAGCAGCUCGUCGUCGGACGAGAAGGCUUCGGCCUAA